CAUCUCUUCUCGGCGAAGACAGAAAGAGCAUUUUUUUUUGCUUUGCAGUUUUUCUAUUCGAUUAUAUUUGCCUACACACACACAAAAGAAAACCAAAAUGGAUGUACGACCAAAUCAAACCAUUUACAUAAAUAAUCUAAACGAGAAGAUUAAGAAGGAGGAGCUGAAGAAAUCGCUGUACGCGAUCUUUUCACAAUUCGGCCAGAUACUCGACAUUGUGGCGCUGAAAACAUUAAAGAUGCGAGGACAGGCAUUUGUCAUAUUUAAGGAAAUUGGCAGCGCCUCUAAUGCAUUGCGCACAAUGCAGGGUUUUCCGUUCUACGACAAACCGAUGCGCAUUGCCUACUCCAAGUCCGAUUCAGAUAUUGUGGCCAAAUUAAAGGGCACGUACAAGGAGCGGCCGAAGAAGGUGAAGCCGCCAAAGCCGGCGCCCGGCGUCGAAGAGAAAAAGGACAAGAAGAAGAAGCCAUCGAAUGCAGAGAAUGCAAAUCCGAAUACACAAACGGAGCAGCCACCAAAUCAAAUUCUAUUCCUCACCAAUCUGCCGGAGGAGACAAACGAAAUGAUGCUCUCGAUGCUGUUCAAUCAGUUCCCUGGCUUCAAGGAGGUGCGUCUCGUACCCAAUCGUCACGAUAUCGCCUUCGUUGAGUUCACCACGGAACUGCAGAGCAAUGCCGCCAAAGAAGCGCUCCAAGGCUUCAAAAUAACGCCAACGCACGCGAUGAAAAUUACUUUUGCUAAAAAGUAAUCGCUCCUCCCAAGACGCUCCAAUGUUUUUCCUUAUAUUUAUUUUUGGCCAUAUACUUACUAUAUGCCCGUAUUAUAUAUUGUAUAUAUAAUCGUAAAUUGAGGAAAAAUUCAUUUCGUGUGAAUGGUUCAGAGAUUUUACAUUUGGACACACCUAAAUGUAACAGUUUUUUUUUAACUCCUAAUUUUAAAAAUAAUUAGAAUAAACAAUACAAUAAAAUCCUGUAAGUCAGAGUUGCUUAUUCGUCCAUUUAAAUAAUUCAAAAAGAUACAUUUUAAACCAUUUCGAACGGUUAUCUGAGACGUCGAAGAUUCCAUUCCCGAUCCGCUCCUGUGCAAUAUAUGAAUUUGGGAUCGCAGACGUCUGCCUUAAUGCAAACUUCGCAACAAAAACAAUAAAAUAUAUAUGUAUUUAUAUAUCCUCAGC